UGCGUGUGAUAACUGUAGUCAGUAUUCAGUAGUGAAAAUGCAUAGAGCACACGUCGCACGUCGAAAGUUCGCACACUUAAUACAUUAUUAUAUUCUUAAAUGCUCAAUACUCCUCGGACUAUUGCCAUUCAAGUAUAACAAGGAAAAACACACCUUUCGGUCUUCACGAGCCGCGCUCAGCUAUAGUGUCGUAAUGAACACGCUGCUUUUUGUUUGGGUCGUUACAAAUUGGCCGGAUAUAUGGCACUCCGAGCUUUUCGUUGCGAAGCCUUUGCUUUAUUUCGUACAAAUCGCCGUCGGUUAUCUGAAUUGCGUUGGAAUGGUUCUAAUCUUUUGCAGUACUUGGGCUGGUAGAAAACGUCUGUUGCGGCUUUUCAAUGAAAUUGUCUCUGUAAGACAGCUAUGUGAUUCGAAAGUGUUUUUACGCAAUUUUGACGGCAGCAUGAUGGAAAAACGCAUUAUACUGAAGUUUUGCUCAAUGUUGUUGCAAAAUAUUUUAUACCUGAACACUUUGAUCUUUAUGAACAACAAAAUUGAUGGGAAUUACUUUUUGGUGUUAAUUUUGGCUCAAAUAUUUUUGAAUGAAAUAUUUCUGAUAUCAAAUCAGUUCUAUCACAAUGCGCUCUUCAUCAAUCAUUCCAUAGUGGCUGUAAAUCAUCGCUUGCGUUGUUUAAAUACCAAACCGCAGUUGUUGCCUGCUGGUGAGAUUAAUGAGAUUUUUGGAAUAUAUAUGCGUUUUGAUGCGCUUAAAUCGCGCACAUAA